AUUUGAAAGAGUUUAAUUGAGCACAGAAUGAUUCAUGAAUCAGGCAGUCUCCUGAGCCAGAGUAGGCUCAGAGACUCCAGCACAGCCAUGUGGUGGAAGAUUUAUGGACAGCAAAAUGAAAGUGAUGUACAGAAAACAGAAGUGAGGUACAGAAACAGCUGGAUUGGUUACAGCUCGGUGUUUGCCUUAUUUGAAUAGUUUGAAUCAUUGGACAUCUUCGAUUGGCCAAACUCAGUGACUGGCACAAAAGUAGACUACAGCCUGUCUACUAUUCCAUUUACGUUGUAGUUCAUGAUGUACAGAGAAACCUUUAGGCCAAACUUAAAAUAUGUUAGGAGGCAGCUUUAGGCUAAACUUGGUUUAACAGUGGUUUUCAGCAUCGUGCAACCAGUCAUGUCUGAGCUGUAUCCUCGCAAGAGCCUGCAGAGAUUCCGUGGUGUGCUGGAACUAGCUUACAUAGCAAGAGCUGAUUACAGGCUGAGUAUCCCUAAUCUGAAAAUACAAAACCUGAAAUACUCCAAAAUCUGAAACUUUGAGUGCCAACAUGAUUCUCCAAAGAAAUGCUUAUUGGAGCAUUUUGGAUUUUCAGACUAGGGACGUUCAACUGGUAUGUAUUCAGCAAAUAUUCUAAAAUCUGAAAAAAAUAUGAAAUCUGAAACAUUUCUGGUCCCAAGUAUAUUGGAUAAGGGAUACUCAACCUGUAUUAAGUUUUUUAGGAAUUUUGCAAGCCAGUUGUUAAGCUGUUGGUAACUUGAAUUAGGCUAUGAUGGGAAUAUUUAUGCUGCGGAGAUUGCUGGCUCUCUAGCACAUCACUUCUCAAGGACCAUGCAGCAUAGUGUUUGGGAGCAAACGUUCAACAGCUUUUCAGAUGAUACAGGAUAAGUUCCAUAAGAUGAGUCUGCCCAUGCCUAGGUCAAGCCAAUCUAGCCGAGGUUGAAAGUGCAUACAUUGAGAACACCUAUUUUGAAGUGGUGACUAAGACUGAGAGGUAUCUUGAAGUGAAGAAACCUUGAGUUCUAAUCUAGGAUGUCCAAGUCACCCAAGAGGUUCUCUAUGGGAAUCAAUGGCUGCUUGUAUUCUGGAAAUGCUGAUAUCACACGGCCAGAGGAAACUUUCAUGUCUAUGUCAUUUGAAAGUUGAGAGCAGCAUGUUUUGCCCACUGAAACUCGUCCUGCUGCCAGUGUUACUGGAUUAUUCGUUGGGCCUGAAUGACUUGAAUGUUUCCCCUGCUGAGCUAACUGUCCAUGUGGGUGAUUCGGCUCUGAUGGGAUGUGUUUUCCAGAGCACAGAAGACAAAUGCAUAUUCAAGAUAGACUGGAUUCUGUCACCAGGAGAGCAUGCCAAGGAUGAAUAUGUGCUAUACUAUUACUCCAAUCUCAGUGUGCCCAUUGGGCGCUUCCAGAACCGCGUACACUUGAUGCGGGACAUCUUAUGCAAUGAUGGCUCUCUCCUGCUCCAAGAUGUGCAAGAGGCUGACCAGGGAACCUAUACCUGUGAAAUCCGCCACAAAGGGGAGAGCCAGGUGUUCAAGAAGGCGGUGGUACUGCAUGUGCUUCCAGAGGAGCCCAAAGAGCUCAUGGUCCGUGUGGGUGAAUUGAUUCAGAUGGGAUGUGUUUUCCAGAGCACAGAAGUGAAACAUGUGACCAAGGUAGAAUGGAUAUUUUCAGGACGGCACGCAAAGGAGGAGAUUGUGUUUCGUUACUACCACAAACGCAGGAUGUCUGCGGAGUACUCCCAGAGCUGGGGCCACUUCCAGAAUCGUGUGAACCUGGUGGGGAACAUUUUCCACAAUGACGGUUCCAUCACGCUUCAAGGAGUGAGGGAGUCAGAUGGAGGAAACUACACUUGCAGUAUCCACCUAGGGAACCUGGUGUUCAAGAAAACCAUUGUGCUGCAUGUCAGCCCGGAAGAGCCUCGAACACUGGUGACCCCGGCAGCCCUGAGGCCUCUGGUCCUGGGUGGUAAUCAGCUGGUGAUCAUCGUGGGAAUUGUCUGUGCCACAAUCCUGCUGCUCCCUGUUCUGAUAUUGAUCGUGAAGAGGACCUGUGGGAAAAAGAGUUCAGUGAAUUCUACAGUCUUGGUGAAGAACACGAAGAAGACUAAUCCAGGGAUAAAAGAAGAACCCUGCCAUUUUGAAAGAUAUGAAGGGGAGAAACACAUUUACUCCCCAAUAAUUGUACGGGAGGUGAUCGAGGAAGAAGAACCAAGUGAAAAAUCAGAGGCCACCUACAUGACCAUGCACCCAGUUUGGCCUUCUCUGAGGUCAGAUCGGAACAACUCACUGGAAAAAAAGUCAGGUGGGGGAAUGCCAAAAACACAACAAGCCUUUUGAGAAGAAUGGAGAGUCCCUUCAUCUCAGCAAUGGUGGAGACUCUCUCCUCUGUGUGUCCUGGGCCACUCUACCAGUGAUUUCAGACCCCCGCUCUCCCAGCUGUCCUCCUGUCUCGUUGUUUGGUCAAUACACUGAAGAUGGAGAGUUUGGAGCCUGGCAGAGAGACUGGACAGCUCUGGAGGAACAGGCCCUGCUGAGGGGAGGGGAGCAUGGACUUGGCCUCUGGAGUGGGACACUGGCCCUGGGAACCAGGCUGAGCUGAGUGGCCUUAAACCCCCUGUUGGAUCAGACCCUCCUGUGGGCAGUGUUCUUAGUGGAUGAGUUACUGGGAAGAAUCAGAGAUAAAAACCAACCCAAAUCA